AUGAGCAGCACCUACUCCCUAGAGCAACUGCCCCGCGAGCUGGCCGGCAAGUUCCGCCUCACUCCCCGCUCCUGGGAGGCUCUCAGCAGAGAGGGCGUCCGCCGCGAGGACCUCCUCACCAAGGGGCUGCCCGACAUCCGCCACCUCUACACCGAUGGCGAAACCGACCCCGCUUUGCUGCAGAAGCGAGAGGUGCUGGCCGAGGAGAAGGCAGGCACCUGGGUGCCCAACGCCUCGCGAGUGCAGCAGUCUAUGUUCCAGUCCAAGGCCAACACGCGGGAGAAGUCGUCGGUGGUGGAGAAGGAGCUGCGGCAGCUGGAGCGGAUCAAGCUGCGGCAGCAGAAGGAGAUCGAGCAGACCAUCGAACAUGAGCUCAAGAUGCAGGAGAUCCGCGAGAGCAAUGAGAAAAAGCUGCAGGAGGGGCGCGAGAAGGAGGCCCGCAGGGAGCGAGAGCUGGCCCGCAAGCGCGAGGAGGAGGAACAGCAGCGCCGACUCCGCGAGGCCGAGCUGCGCCGCAAGCAGGAGGAGGAGGAACAGCGAGCGAAGAAAAGGCUCGAGGAGCAGGCCGAGAAGGAGCGGUAUGCCCGCGAGAAGGAGCAUCAGAAGGCCCUCGAGAAAGAGGAGGAGUUCCGCAAACAGACCGAAGCCAUCCAGAAAAAGCAGCAGGAGGAGGUUGAGCGCAAGAAGCUUGAGAUGGACCGAAAGCAGGCCGAGCGGGUGGCGGCCAUGGAGGAGGCCAACCGCAAGAAGCGGGAGGAAGCUGAGGCCCGCCGGCUUGAGCAGGAGGAAAAGCUGCGGCUGGCCAAGGAGCGCAACGAGCGGGAGCUCGAGAAGAUGCGCGAGGAGUUCGAGGUGCGAGAGCAGAAGAACGAAGCCAAGCGGCUGGAGUUCGAGCGCAAGAAGCGCGAAGAGCUGGAGGAGCACCGGCGACGGGCCGAGAAGCACGCAGAACUCAUGAAGGAGGUGUUCGAGCACAACCAGGAGCUUGAGGAGCGCCGCAAAGAGGAGAUCCGCAAGAAGGCCGAGGAGGCGGAGCGCAGGAAGAAGGAGCUCGAGGAAGAGAAGCUGGUGGCCUUCGAGGAGCGCAAGCGGGAGGACGCGCGCAAGGAGGAGGAGCGCCGGAUGGUCCGCGUCAACUACGAGAAGUCCCAGGAAGAGCACAAGCAGACCAUCCUCGCCAAGAUCCAGGAGAAGGAGCGGGCGCUGCAAGAGGCGCAGGAGAGCAGGCUGCACGACAUCCGGGAGAAGAAGAACGAGGAGCUGAUCAAGCGCCACGACAAGAAGGAGAACGUGGAGCGCAUCAUGCGCAAGCAGGCCUUCGAGCAGGAAAAGCUCAUGGACCGCAUCCAGGAGAAGAUGGCCCGCGCCGAGGCCAUCAAACAGGAGCGCGAGGAAAUCAUGGACCAGCGCGCCCUCAUGAAGCGCCAGAUCGAGGCCGAAAAGCGCGACAUGAUGGAGAAGAUCGAGAAGGUCAAGCUCGGCAAACUCCGUCCCGAAAAAAUCAUGGAGAGCCUGUCCGUCCAGCGCCAGGAGAAGAUGCGCGACGAGCCUCACGCCCCCGCCGUCCAGUCCCAGUCCCCGAAGAAGAGGGACACCCACAAGGACAAGGACAAGGACAAGGAGCCGCCCCGCAAUCAGUUCGUGAUAAAGCAGACUCAGCCCAGCCGCAAGGCCCUCGACCGGCAGCCGGAGCGCGAGCGGGCGCGUGACGACCUGAAGCGCGAGGUCGAGGCCCUCCAGGCGCAGCAGAAUCGGGACAUGCUGGCCGUGCUAGAGGAGGAGCAAGAGGCAGAGUACAAGCGGGAGCGGGAGUACGAGGCAGCCGACGCCCAGGCCCGCAAAAAGCUUGAGAAAGCCUUCGGGGUGGAGCGCGCCAAGGCUCAAACCCGCAUCCAAAAGCUGGCCGACCAGCAGGCCUUGGAGAUGCGCAAACUCAAGGCCCGCAGAUGA